CGCGGAAGGGGGCGGGUCGAUGAAGCCACGCCUCCCGUAGUAAAGCGAAAGUCAUAUGAGAUGUGAGUUCUAGUGUGAAGCAGUGCAGUUGUGAUUAUAAAGCAUCAUCUUCAUCAUCUUCAUCAUGAUGUCUGAGCGCAUCGGCUUCAUCACACGCGUGCAGAGCUUCAGCGCCUGCCAUCGCUUACACAGCAAAUCAUUGAGUGAUGAGGAGAACAAAAGGAUAUUUGGGAAAUGCAACAAUCCUAAUGGUCAUGGUCAUAACUACACAGUUGAAGUGACAGUUCGUGGAAAGAUUGAUAAGAAGACAGGAAUGGUCAUGAACCUCACGGAUCUGAAGGAGUUUAUCGAGGAGGCCAUCAUGAAACCUCUUGACCAUAAAAAUAUGGAUCUGGAUGUGCCGUAUUUUGCUGAUGUCGUCAGCACCACAGAAAACCUGUCAGUGUUUAUUUGGGAAAGUUUGGAGAAGCUUCUGCCCCCCGACAGCCUGCAUGAGAUCAAAAUAUAUGAAACGGACAAAAACAUAGUGGUGUACAGAGGAGACUAGAGUAUUCAGCAUCAGCUCUCAGCUCCGUUACAGCGCUGGAUUAUAAAGUGUGUUAGAAGAGAGAAUAUCCUGCUGUGUUUGACUACAGUACUGGCUUAAUGUCUGUGAGAUUGAUCCUGUUACACACUCACACACACACACACACACUCACACACACACUCACACA